AGGUUUUCUGUUCGCGUAACCUUUUGGCUUUAUCUUUUUCUUAUUUCCUUCCCAUUUCACCUCCUUUCACACCCCGCCCACGUGCCAUCCACAACGUGUUGGGUAUAUUCAAUUUUUCGCCCUGCACGUCUUAUUGACUCUGUUCUUUUCUCUUGUCUUUUUUCGUUGGUGAUCACCUACCGGUGCGUUUGUGAAACGCACACCGUGUAAUUCUCUUCUUCGUUUAAUCGCUCGUGCGGGUUUCGCCCUCUGUGUUUAGUCGACAACUUUUCCUUUACUAUUCCGACCUCCCCCCUAACAGGAUAGUUGCAGCACUUUUCGUGUUUCCUUUUCUAUAUAGCGAGUCAGCGAAGAGUAGAACAGAAAGGUGUUUAUUAUUAUUACAAGCUGCGUGCGCAUGCGUUAAUGGUUUCUCUCUUUUAAUCUGUUUUUUUUUGUUGUUGUUGAAAAGAAAUUCUUCUUUUUCGGGGCGGCCGUUGAGUGAAACCUAUUCGUGCGCUCUCGCUCCUUCCAUUUUGCUUAUCCCUUCGUUAAGCGUAUUUAUCUCCCGCCCAUUAUUUAUCGGACUUCUGUACUAGCGGUUCUUCCCGAUUACUACUAUUAUUAUUACUAUUAAUAUUACCAUUGCUGUUACUAUUAUUGUGAACUCCAACCGCAACGACCCACAAAAAAGAAUAACGAUGACCUCGUCUGCACGCGUGCCCGUGAGCUUCGAGAAGCCCGACCACCUCCCGUUCGGCGAGAUUCAAGGCUACGCCCCUGGUCACAUCCCCGCCUACAGCAACAAGCACGACCAUUUCUUCUCCGGCGAGCGCAGCAUCGACGGCAGCGUCUUCUGCGGCUUUAAGUACCAGUGCGUGGAGUUCGCGCGGCGCUGGCUGCUCGAGCGGAAAGGGUUAGUGCUACCGGACGUGAACUGGGCCUGCCACAUCUUCCAGCUGAAGACCGUGAAGGACGCGGUGACGGCAGAGGAUGCGCCGGCGGUGGCGGUGCGCAACGGUACCGAGGCGCGGCCCGAGCCGGACACACUCAUUAUUUACCCUUCCUCAGAGACGAACACCGUGGGCCAUGUCGGGGCCAUCACGGAGGUGGGCGAGGACUACGUCUGCGUGGCGGACCAGAACUACCGCUUUCACAAGUGGACGUCGUCCUACUCGUACAAACUGAAGCUGGAGCACCAGGACGGGCUGUGGACCAUCAUCGACGACAUCGACCCGAACGACGUCGAAAUCCCACUCGGGUGGGUCACCUUCCCCGGCUACGAGAAUCGCCCCGAAGACGCCGCGCCGGUCAAGGUGCACCCCGACCUGUACUUCCUACCCCCGCCGGAGCCCUAUCUGCUCCGUCGGACCUACGAGCCAGUGGAGACCAAGCCGAACUGGCUGGAUAUGAACGACCCUGCCGAGAAGCUCUUCGUGCAGGAGUUCGGCAUGGACGUCAGCCGCUCCCGCCUGAAGGAGUCCACCGUGAACUACUACGAGUGCGACUACGAGUUCAACAUUCGCUGCGGCGCCUACGCGAUGCAGCUGCACUCCAUCUUCAUGGAAGCCACCGCCCAGGUGAUCCACGACGAUGAGAAGCUGCGCACCUUUGCGAUUCCCGAGGAGCUGUGGCCUCGCAUGCGGCACUCCUGGAAGUUCCAGCAGACCUUCAUCUCUGGUCGCUUCGACUUCGCCUUCAACAACGAGACGCACGAGAUGAAGUGCUUCGAGUACAACGCCGACAGCGCGUCGACGCUGCUGGAGUGCGGCCGUAUUCAGCAGAAGUGGGCAGAGUCGGUGGGCCUGGACAAGGAGGGCACCCGCGGCUCCGGCUGGGUGGUGGAGCGCAACUUGAAGAUGGCCUGGGCCAAUUGCGGUGCGACGGGCCGUGUGCACUUCUUGGUGGAUGAGGACAACGAGGAGCGGUACACUGCUCUCUACUGUAUGCAGGCGGCGGAGGCGGUGGGCCUGGAGGGGAAGCUGUGUGUCAUGUUCGACGAAUUCCACUUCAACGCGGAGGGCUACGUGGAGGACAGCGACGGGGUGCGGGUGCGCAAUGUGUGGAAGACGUGGAUGUGGGAGUCGGCCAUCAGCGACUACUUCGCGGCGGCGGCCGAGCGGGGGCCGAACUGGCACGCGACGCCCGCGGACAAGGUGCGCCUGUGCGAUUUGAUGCUCGGCAAGGACUGGGACAUCCUGUACUUUGAGCCGAUGUGGAAGCUCGUCCCCAGCAACAAGGCGAUCCUCCCCAUCAUCUACCACAACCACCCCGAGCACCCGGCGAUCCUGAAGGCCGAGUACGAGCUGACGGACGAGCUGCGGCGGGUCGGCUACGCGAAGAAGCCAAUCGUCGGGCGUGUCGGCCGCAAUGUGACCAUCACCGGCGGCUCCGGCGAGGUGCACGCCGAGACGACCGGCAACUUCGGCGAGCGGGAUAUGAUUUACCAGGAGCUCUUCCCCCUGACGAAGCAGGACGACUACUACGCGAUCAUCGGCGCGUGGAUGAUUGGCGAUGCCUUCGGCGGCACUGGUAUCCGCGAGGACAAAUCGAUUAUUACGGGGCUGGACAGCCCUUUUGCGGCGAUUCGUAUUAAGAUGAGCCGCAUUCCUCGUCCGCUGACACACAAAGAUCUGGACAAGAUGGCCGAGGAUGAGUAG